AUGUCGCCGUCGUCGUCGUCUUCUUUUUCUUCGACGACGACGUUUGCUCUCCGGGACGGCGACGGCGAGAAGAGUUUGCAACGAAAAGAAGAAGAAGAAGAAGAAGAGGAGGACGAAGAGGAGGAGGAGGAGGAAGAAGAAGCCGCGAGGACGAAAUCGUCGACAGGAACGGAUGAGAUGCCGUGGUUCCCGGAGAACAUGGAAACGAGAAUACGGGAUAUCACCGCGGAAAUUAGGAAAACGCUCGUGGAAGAGAACGGAUGGCGGCGACCGAAGAUAUACACGCGGAGAGAGGAUACGGACGCGUUGAAGAUGUUCGAUGGAAUUGAGAAGGAAAUCGAGACGUUUAAAGGUGACGCGGAGGAGUGGAAGAGAGUGCACGCCGUAGGUGGUGCGGAUUCUUUGGGCGUGGUGUACAUGGCAACUGGGAAUACUCGGUUUAUCGAUCGAGCGGCGAUGGUCGCCAGUCGAUUGAAAGCGCACUCGAAAUCUAAGUUGAGUAAACGAGUUCGAUUUUGUUUGUAUACCGAUCGCAGUUUGUACGAGAGUUGGAUGAGCAAGUUGGUGGAGACGAGAGAAAAAGUGGAGAAGGAAGGCUGGGAUACCGUCGGCGUGACGGACGGUGGGGGAUGGAUUUCGCCGAUCAAUUCCAGAAAGAAAUACAUGCUCGGGAAUCCGUUCGACGAGGUUGUGUUUUACGAAGGGUUGGCAGACGUGUUGGUGGACGAGAAGUCGGUGAAGCAAGUCGAGAAGAGCGUGGCUAAACGAAAGUCGAGCGGUGAAAAAGCGACGAAUACGAAUUUACCGCUGAUAUUUUUCUUGAAGAAGAUUGUUUCUUUAGCGGGAGCGCCGUACGCGAGAACGAUUUUCGCCGACGGCGAUACUUGCUCGUGCGGCGAUUACGUUGGGGAGAUGUUCGAAGAAUUAGAAGGAAGGUUUCCAUCGGAUCUAGAAGUCGAGACUGGGAAGGUAAAAAGUAGUAAUAGCAAUAGUAAUAGUGGUAGUGGUAGUAGCGAUAGCGAUAGCAAUAGUAAUAUCAUUAAAAGGCAAAGGAGAAAGGAGAGUAGCGCAGAGCCGGUGCCGAAGAAUGGAUACGAUUUCAUGCACAUCGUCGACCCGGCUCGUAACCAAGGAGGCAAUCAUCUCGGUUAUGAUUUGCGCGAAUUUUACGAAACAUCGAUCACGUAUCGAGAGGCUAAAUUCAGAAGAGUGAACAAAACGUUCGAGGAAAGAAACGUCGGUUUUAUCGUCUAUCGUCCGAAUAAACUCACGACGACGAUUUUUAGACAGUUUGCGGAGCUUUUACUCGGCGCGAUCAACCAUAACGCGAUGGUACGAAACGAACAACCCGCGUACACGGAAGUGCUGUGGAUGUGGAAAGACGUCAUACACGAACGCAUUCUGAACAAUCGCAACGACGUGUGCAGGAAACUUUCGAAAGGCGAGAAGGAGUAUUGUCAGAAGCCGCCUUUCAAGCCGCACAAGUUGGCGAGACCGGGACCGUUGUGUAGGAGAGGUUGUCGGUUCGCUCACGAGAAGUGGUGGUAG